CCUUUAAACGCGCGAAUGCAACAAUAUGGCGGAUCACGCUGUCGCGCCGGCACGCGCGUUGCAUAUCACGCUUUGACUCGUGGCAUUCGGCGGAGUCGCGGAAUCGUGUGCGGCACGCACAUACGUACGCGUUCGCUCUUUUAUACGGUCGUUGUCUUCCGGUUCUCCGAUCGGAACCUCGUGCGGGAAUAGAAUCUGAUCCUCGAUCAAGUGUCGCGUCGCCGUGAGAAGAUACUUUCGGCGUUCCUCGUCGCAGCUGUCAUUGUCGUCGUCGUCGUCGUCGUGCCCGUCCUCGUCCUCCGGCGUCGUAUUCUCUUUCGUCCAGUUAUCGAUCAGUACCCGGCACCGACGGCGAUGUGCCGCCGCAGAUGAUGGAGCUGACGGCGCGCGACCUCGCCGACCACCGUCGCGGUCGAUCCGCGUCCUCGCGGAAUCUACGUCGCUGCUGAAGAAGAAGGAGGAGAGAGAAGCAUCGGGAGAGGACGCGUGUGUGUCGAGUGUGUUGCUGCUCUGCGGAUCGACGACGCUCCGGGUAUCCGUCCGUCCAUACGGCCGUUGACCGGUGACACUAGUGCAGCGGGUGCUGCAGUAAAGGCCCGAGGAGGAACGUAGACCAUGCCAGGGCCAGGGGCGGAGUGGUGACCUAGACCUCAUCCUCGGCUCCGACCCUCGAUGCUUACGCUACGGCUGGUGUCGACUCACUUCCUGAAGCAGCCAUAGGCAGUGCCCUUCGCCUGAGAGAAAGGGCUUAGAUGCGAUGUGCCGUGAUAGGGACAUGAACCCAGAACUAGUCGAAUCGCACGAUCUCCGCUUCACGUUGUCGUCGGCGUCGUUGCCGCCGUUGCCGUAAAAAAAAAAAGGGACACGGUCGGCUCGAGAUUAUCACGCGCACGCGAAGGACUCUUCUUCUUCGACAGCCCUUUUCUCUCUUGCUCUUUCUUUUUUCUCUCUUUCUCUCUCUCUCUCUCUCUCUCUCUCUCUCUCUGUUUCUCUCUCUCUCUCUCUCUCUCUCUCAUACAUAUUCACAUCACUCACUCAUACACCCUCAAUCUGCGGCGAGUACUUUUCUCGUCCGUACACACACACACAUACACCUACACGUUCACACCCACGCACGUACACACCACACACAGAUACACGCGCACUCACGCACGGCACACAGACACAAGUACCCCCAUGCGUCGUUCCUUACCCUCUGACCACGGAAAACGACUUCUUGCUCUUGUGAUCCUGCCGGAAACUGAAGUGUGCACGCGAGUAUCGCGUUGCUCGGUGCUCGGUGCUCGAUACACGCCGUGAUCCCCGGUCGCGAACGGGUGCGACGAAGGAGCACGGAUCAUAACCCGGAAGAGAAACGGCGCCACCAAUACUCGCGACGAGUCCAGACGAAGGCAAGGACGAGGGGGGGAAGGUAGGAGGAGUGGGACGAGACAACUGCCACGCUGAACUCGGUGUACUUCAACCUGUGGAGGGUCGCGAGAGAGUGUAUUUGCGGCGGCGGGUCGCGGUGCAGACAAAGUGGGAUGAGACGCCCCCAGCAAGAACAUCUUCAUCAUCACCACCACCACCAUAUCCACCAUCAUCAUGGAUCCUCAGCAAGCCCCACGCGCUCUCGUCAAACACAUGAUAAGGACGAAUCCCGUCUCGCGCGCGUGAAGCGCGUCCUGGCGGGUUCGUUGUUGGGCCGCGGCGCGGGGUCCAGCAGGAUCUUCGGCACCCGGCUGGAGCUGGUGGAGCCGUACCUCGACACGGGCGUGCCGUACGUGGUGCACCGGCUAUGCAGCUACAUCGAGAUCCACGGCUUCCAGAGCGCGGCGGUGUUCCGGCUGUCGGGCGGCAGUCCCAGGCUGGCGGAGAGGCUCAGGGCCGCCUUCGAGCGGAGGGGCGACGCCGACCUCGAAGGCGCCGCGUGCCCUCCGACCGCGGCGACCCUUCUCCGGCAGUACUUGAAGGAGCUGCCGCAACCCGUCGUGCCGUCCACCCUAGUCGGCAGACUGCUUAGCGUACACGCCCAGGAUUACGCGAACAAUCACGAGUCCUGGAUCACCUCGACGAAAGAACUGCUGUCGACCCUGCCCUCCUCCCACUACCGUCUGCUCGGCUACCUGGCGAUCUACCUGAGCAGGUACGAGGCGCGACACGGACGCAGCGCCGGUGUCUGCGGCGUCUUCGCGCCGGUCAUUCUGCCGCAUGUACCACCCGCGACCACUCUCCUACGAGACAUCCUGGCCGAGGCGCUGGUGCUAUUCCCCGACUGCAUCCGUGAAAAUCCAGUGAACGGCGUGUUACCUGCCGGCGACUGCAAGAUCUGCAAGGAUACCAAGGACGAGCCGAAGGACUCCGAGGGCACGUUCUUGCUUUGCGCGCUGAAACCGCGUAAGCGCAAGGAACGUCGCGAGUCCUGCUGCCAGGAACGAAAGCUGAUAAGGAGCAGCAGCGAGGAACGUGUUCUUGACAGUCCUACCGACGUCGCGGAUACGAUCAGACGUGUGAGCAGUCACGAAGAUUUCAACAGCCAGGAACACUUGCACAUCUUAUCACAACUUAGCCAAGACAUGGGCCACGGCGUGAGAUGCGGCGGUUUACCGCUGCACGAGAGAACCAACGUCUCGCCGGUCUCGAAGAAAUCGUCGUCGGUGCCGUCGCCGUGCGAAGUGGUCGUGGCGACUGAGAAAUAUGACUGCGACGCCGAGAGAUUGCGGAGCAGCGAGCGCUUCAGCAGAAGCAUCACUCCGCGAGGCAGAAGACAGGCGCGCAAACGAAGGGUGCACAGAGUCCCGGACGUGGACCCGAGUUCCAGCAAGGAAAACGAAGAGGAGUCUGAGAACAUGUACAUCUCCAGCAUGUCACCAAGCCCCACCAGCCACAACGGCUCACCGGCUCAAAGCUUCUUGGAGAUGUUGAGCAGUGGACCGAGCAGAUCGCCGUCACCAGCUCGUCCACCUACUGUCGAUCACGAAGACGUGAACAAUCCCAGUUUGACUAACUGGGGUUUCCAACAUUUAGAAGGGAAUGAAGAGGCCGUGGACGCCCGAGUGGAAGCUAUGUUGUCACCGAGAAACUCGCUGCUGGUUCCCAGGAGAUUUUACUCUGAGGAGGAGAUACAGCCGAGCAUGCCCAGCCCGUCGGAUCUGGGUCUGAAGAAUCUGGCGAAGCACAUAAACGGCCUGAAGAAGAAAAUUAAGAAGUACGAGGACGAGUUCGAGGAGAACUUCGGCUACCGGCCAAGUCACUCCGACAAGAUGAGCAAUCGCGACAUCAAGCGGUUGUGCACGGAGCUGAAUAAGUUGCGGAAGGAGCACAAAAUGCUGAAGGAGGACCCAAUAAGCGCUCUUCUGGCGCUCGGCAAGGUGAACACCGCCGACACCGCCGACACCGCCAGCAGUCCCGUCAACAAUAACAACAGCCACGAGAAGUCCAGGACGACGUCGAUGGAGGAGACGGUGAAGGAGGUGGAGAAGAAGCUCAACGAGAAGCGGAUCAAAUACAAUCGGCCCGACAACAUGGAGGAGCUCAGCUACGAGCAACUGGUGGAUGAGAAGACAGCCGUGCAGAAGGCGUUGCUUCACAUCGAGAGCGCCUUCGGUAGACCGGUCUCUAAGGAGGACCGAGCGGUUGUGCGACCGUUGUACGACCGGUACAGAACCUUGAAGAGACUGCUCAUCAGAGCGGGCGCGAGCAAAAACAAAGACAGCGUCUCGGAAUUAGCUACGAUUUUGGAGCAUGAAACUAUGGACUUCACGUCGUCGAGUUUGCCGGGGAAUCCGACGGACGUCGAUAGGAGAGCAAGCGAGCCCGACAUGUCUCAUCGAGGUAUUCUAGACUGUAUCGAUCCCGCGGAUCAAUUGCCAACUGACAGCGACAGCCAACACAGCAGCAGCGAAGGCAGUCGCGGGGGCGGCGAAAGUUUACACGCUCUUCCCCAAGAAGAAUUGUUGAUACAGCAACGGGCUACUCGUGAGGAGAAGAAACGACUCCGCAGGGCGUUGAAGGAACUGGAAGCUCAGUUCGAGGUUCGAGCAGGCCGUCGGAUGCAGCGCGAAGAUCGGGGUCCGCAGGUCAUCACCAUCUAUGAGUCCUACAAGCAAGCGAAGGCAAAGCUCAGACUGAUCGACGCUCUCAUAGCCAAGAAAGCUUGACGCAGUAUUUAAUACGCGUGACAUAACGACGAGCUGGCUUGAAAUGACGAGCAGUCCAAACUCCUGAAGCGAUAGCCUCAGGCUGUCUGUACAACGGGACACACGUUGUAUACUAUGAACGCGAGCAACAUAUUUACACGGCCCGCUACGCUAUCGCAAUUGAAAGGUGGUCCGAGGAAACAGUUCGACCGAGAGGCGAACGGAACGCUGGUAUAUAUAACGAGAAUCUAUCGUCCAGAAUCAAAAGAUUUCAAAGACAGAGAGAAGGAUAAUACGUACGCGUCUGGGAUUCCUUUCGUUUCCGUGAGUUCACGCGAACUCUCUCGUCUCUUAUCGUUCCUUUCGACCAUAGAAUAUGAGGGAUGUUCGAGAAAUAGUAUCGAUGUCUUCGAUAUCAGCACAACGCGACUUGUUUAAGACAUUGUUGUUUUGAUGAACACGUGGAUACGUUGAACGUACACAUAAGAAGGAUUAACAGAAUUAUGGUACGCAAGACGUAAUACGUUUCCAGAAAUAAAGACACUAACACAUACACACAUAUGCACAGAUAUACACACACGUUUUAAACAUUGAUAAGUCUACAGCGUAAAAUGAUUAUUGCGUAUGAUGUAAUCAUGGUUUUCUUAUUUUGCGCUUUACAACGCAUUACGUUUUACAACCCAUUUGUUACGGAAAUAUUUCCACACGACUGUCCUCCACUUAUUUAUCUUGUCUCUCUUUGUACGAAGUACAUCGGACUGAAUGUUCCAUACGGAGAGUUAGACGCUUGUUUCACUAUAUUCACCGUUGAUCAAUUUCGAGAACUAUUGUCAAACGACAAGGGAAAAGAGACACGGAAUGUACUUUGUAUUUUUGAUAUAUGUUCAUGAGAGAAGCUUGCCACAGGUUUGUUUAUACUUAAAAUAUCAAAUUUUAUAACGACGAUCGCGUGAACGGAUAUCGAACGAACUAUGCCUAAUACUGACGGACUUGUCAUCGACAUGUGAGAUCAUUAAGACUAAAAUUCCAGAUUAAGAUUUUUCCGAAAUACACGAAAGACGCGUCUCACGACCCGUGAGAAAUAUAUCGAGUAACAUUUUCACUUGAAGAAACCAAAUGUAUAAUUUCAUAUCCGCGAUAUUUAACCUUCGAGACAAACGAUAAUAUCCCCUUUUGAUCAUGAUUUCAUUGUCACCAUCGAGAUAAGGGUGUUAAUUUUACUACUUAAGGAUCGGCUGACAAGACGAGAAUCAGCCCACGAUCAAUAUUAUAUCGAUAAGACUUAAACGGGGGAAGAGGAUACAAGAGAAAGCGGACGUAACGUAAUGACUAACGUUUAUAGCGAGUCCGAUAUUUAUUUUAUCAUCUUAAAGUAAUCGCUGAAAAUUUAACGCUGAGAGUAAAGAACGAAUCUGUGGGGUUAUACUCGUAAGUGUAAGUACCUUGUAAAAGAUAUCACAUGUUGUAAUUGUAGAGUACUAUAAAAUGUUACGAUCUUAAUAAGGUAUUAAAAAGAAGAGAGAAAAAAAAAGAAAAUAUUCACUAAAAAGCUCGUUGAUUUUUGCGUUUAUAUUUUUGUACAAGUACGAUUUUAAGGCCGUUCGCAGCGUAUAUACAGCCGACAGGGAUUACCGUAAACGCCUUAAAAUUCCGCUUGAUCGAUUUUUUCACAUAGAGUCUCAAAUCAAGGGUGCUAAUGGCUUGAGUUCUACAACGUAUCGACUAACACAAAAAAGAAAUGCUUUGUGAGUCUUACUGAGUUGCAAUCGCGCCAGACGGGUUAUUUGCGUUUUCUGCAACGUCUCACAUUCACGAAAUCGAUCAUCUUGAGGUCUCAGCGUGUAAUCGAGCUGCAGAGUUUUCAAUUUCUCUUCGCGAGAAGACGGUUACUGUGCGAGGACACUCUUGAAGAGAGAGCUCUCAUUCCGCAACAGGCGGUGAUUGAUAUAUCCAUAUAUUUCUAUCGUGAAAUCACACCCCUGAUUCUCUCGAAGAAUUGCAUAAUAUGCAGUUCUCGAGAACAUUAUAUCACGAUAAACAUUCGAGAGAUACCGAGUGUUGUAUUUUUAUGAAAAACUGGAGCUUCCGCGGAUUUUCAGCCGUUUCUGCACGUCGAUUACAUGCUGCAACUUUCACGUCGAAUCAGGAAACGAAAAUCGACGAAAAACAGCCCCGUCUUUCGCACUGAUCUCGUACACCCGCAGGUGAAAUUGACAAAAUUUCAAUUAAUAAGAAUAUCACGAUCGGCGUUGGCGAAGCCGAUCACCAACACGUGAACGCGAAAACUUUGCCCGUACUAAUUAAUACAAAUGAGGAACAAACAAAAAAAAAGAAUAAAAAAAGAGAGAAAACGAAACAAUUUUUUAGACCAAAGCAUUUUUUAGUCUGUGAUAUAAUGAGAGCUAUGCUUGCGUUAAGAUGGGAGAGUGUAUGUAUGGAGAGGACUCGAUUAUGUUUCUUUUCUUUUUCCCUUAUGAAAAGCGAUUUUUUCGAACAUGGAAAUGGAGGGGAGUGUUCUUUCCGUCGUUUCCUCCGCGUGAGGUGAUCGAAGUUGGCGGUCUCUUCUUUGGGAGAUCUUACGGCAAUGACGAUAACUUAAAUAUAAAAAAAAAAAAAAACCGCGUCCUUUCUCGGAAGAACGGGUGGAGGUAGACUAAUUAAUACGAAGAACCCGAGAAAAGGGGAGCAAUGAGCUUUUCGUGGAUGCAAUGAACGAAGUGAAUGCACAAAGGCAAACGUUGAAGUGAUAAUUGGAAACAAAAAUCGAACAUUGAGGUACAUCCAUAUAGAUUUUCACGGUCGAUCUUCGAAUUUCACUCAUCUUUAUUAUCCGACACACUCCGUAUUCGAUCUCAGUCCUCUGUAAUUGGACUGUAACGAGCGAUAUCGAACGAAAAUGUUUUACUACCGCCGCAUUGGCACAAGAUCGCCCGUCGCGUCUUUCUCUCGCGAUUAUCGCCUCCAGCCGUACUGCCAAGGGACUGCUAUUCACGAGAAGAAAUUAAUUUUGUAUUCGAUGCCACAGAAAUGUUCUUAUUUCCCCGUGGGCGCAUCUAAACCGCGCUCCUCCCUACAGUAGAAAAGAGAGGAAAUUAAUAUUACCGUAGAUCUAAGAUAACGUUUUAUAUUAACGUUAAUUAAGAUAAAUUUUUGUAGCAUAUAGAAACAUGUCUUUACGCAUAAGGAUGGAUCGCGUGUGAUUCUGCUGUGUAGCUGCUUUGAGAGAGAGAGAGAGAGAGAGAGAAAAAGAGAGAAUGUGUGUGUGCGCGUGUGUGAGAGAGAGAGAGAGAGAGGUGGAGAGAUGGCGAGAAAAAAAGAAACACUUGAGAAUAGAGAGUCGAAACAGAGAGGAACGGAGAAAUUUUAUUUAGUCAAGCUAAGAGAGGCACUCGGAGAAUCGGAUAGAUUACGAAUCGUUGAAUUAGUACUUAAACGAAGAAAAAGAAAUAAUAGGAACGCUAGAGAUGCUACUCCAUGCGAAUCACAUGAUCUCUCCGACGAACAUAUCUAGGGACUUAGGAUCUUGCGACAGGAAGAGAGAGAGAAAGAGAGAGGAGAGAAAAGAAA